CACAAUAGAGUCUGGAUUAUAGAUAAGAAUACAGUACAUUCAAAUCAGUUAUAAUGCAUAUGUCCACAUUAUGCACAAGGUUAGCGGUUGUCUCGAUGCUCGUCUGUCUACAGGUGUCGGCAUCAACACGUGUAAACAAAUCAGCCGAAUUCGUUGCCACUGAUGAAUGGCAAGUCAUAGCCGAAGGUCAGGCCAUACCAAAGGGGCUACACGUUCGCAUUAAUCUGCAGACAGGCCUUAAGGAGGCGAAGUUACUGGACCCAAGCGAACGUGAUACUGCAUUGCAGCCGCAAUCCAGCGAGAACAAAUCAGGAUCUGGGUCGACAAAUGACCACUUAUCCAUUGAAUAUAAAGCAGACCUCAUUGAGGAGUCGGUGCGAAAGGUAAAGGAACAUCGCAGCUAUGCAGAGUUGCGAAAAGCCUAUAAAGAUUUCCAAAAGAACUUUCGCACUGAUGCCGAAGUGGUCGUGCAGCUGAUAGAAGAAUAUCGUAACUUCAGCAAAACACCGCUUGACAUAGAGCUGAAGCCCAAGUUGAAUAUAUUGGAGAAUCUAGGAUAUAUGCUGCAUCAGAUUGACAACGCACUGGUUUUUAUCGACAGUGGCGGACUGGACGAUGUUCUACUCCCAAUUGUGGUGAACGAUACGAACACGGCACUCAAAGUUUCUGCAAUGCGAGUGCUGGGCGCUCUGGCGGGGAAUAAUCCCAAGGCACAGAUCAAGGUCUUUGAGCGCAACUUCGGCUCUCAUUUGGCACAAAUCAUGAUGAGCUCGACGAACAGCGCCGAAAUCUCAACGGCGCUGCAUGCGUUCGGCGCUCUGUUGCGCAAGUUCCCCUUGGCUCAGCACCGUGUACUCUCCACCUCGGGAACACAGGCUUUGAUUGGCCUGCUACGCAGUGCAGACAUAGAGCUGCGCAAUAAGGCCAAGGUAGUCACCUUAAUUGGCGAUUUAGUGCUAGAGAAAAGACAUGUCCUCGACGAAGGCAAAGAAGAAGCCUUAGCGCAAUACGUGCUACUCGAGUUUGAGUCGUGGUUGCAGUCGAACGGCUACUGUGCCGCCCUAGAAGCAGUUCUCAGCAAGGACUAUGUACACAUGCUGGAUCAAGCAGACGUGGUCGAGCAAUUUAUAGAUGCACUACAAACCACCGAAAGUCUCUGCAAGCCGCUCUGGUCCCAGAGUCCUACUCUGCGGCAUGCGCUGCUAACGGUGCGCAACAGAUUCGCGCACAGCCAAGACGAAUAUCGAUUGGAGGUAUCCCAGGCUCUGUCGGCACUCUGUGAGCGCUUCUAUGAUAAGUUCGGUCAUACGGAACUAUAGAGUCCCAGUUGAGAUUUAGCUAAUUUCUUAUUUAUGUAGAUGUUCUUAAAGUAUUCAUCUGACUGCUAUGCAUAAGUCGAAUCGAAUUCCAAUCUAAGCCAAAAUCUUAUAAUAAAGCCCUUAGUAAAGGCACUUGAUGUGAUCUAUUAACUAACUAUCUAAGCAAUAAUUAAGCACAAUUCAGUCAGGCAAGCGUUAAGUAACCAACUCUGUAAACCUUUGACAUUACAAUUUCAGUAAAAGCUCAAUUUUAUUUAAAGCUCAAUAAAGCAAGCAUAAUCGACCAGCAGGUCAUAAAGAAA